AUAAUGAAAAUUGAUGGCAAAAGAAUCUAAUGUCCGAUCACUCAACUCCACUACACGACAUUGGUAUCACUGGGCACUAAAAUUGCAUUCUAUAUAGUGUGUGUAAGAGCCUCAAGCCAUAGCCAACUCCCAAGCCAUAACACAGCAAAAGGCAAAUGGAUCAUAAGAUGACCAAUGAGAAUGCAUGCAAAAUCCACAUGAACGGUGGCGAUGGCCCUGAAAGCUACACAAAGAGUUCUAAGUACCAGAAACAACUAAUGAAUUAUUCAAAGCAGAUCACCAUUGAGCUAAUUGAACAGCAGCUUGAUGUCAAAAGCUCUUGCUUCGAUCCCUCUAAACCGUUUCGAAUGGCAGAUUUUGGCUGUUCUAUGGGACCAAACACGUUCAUGGCAGUGCAGUACAUUACUGAAGCAGUGCAACAAAAAUACUGCAAGAAAUGGCAGGAGGAAUCUGGGAUGAUACCCGAGUUUCAUAUCUUCUUUAAUGAUCUUGCCGAGAAUGAUUUCAAUGUUCUGUUCAGAAACAUGCCUACUAACUGCCCUCGCCAUUUUACUGCUGGGGUACCCGGUUCCUUCCAUGGCCGCCUUUUUCCAAAGGGCUCCCUGCAUCUCGCGCACUGCUCUUGCGCGCUUAUGUAUCUCUCGAGGCUCCCUAAGGAAAUCGUGGAUAAAAACUCCCCUGCUUGGAACAAAGGCAGAAUUCACUACAGCACCCCGGGAGCAGCAAAAGAAGUCAAGGAGGCGUAUUCGGGUCAGUUCAGACAAGACGUGCUUACCUUUCUGGAUGCACGGGGAGAUGAACUUGUUCCCGGAGGUUUAAUGGUGAUCAUAAUAGUCGGGAUUCCUGAUGGCGUCCUUCCCUCCGAAAGUAGCAUCAGUAUGAAUAUCGCCAUUCUCGGAUCCUGCCUGCAGGACAUGGUGAAUAUGGCAAGAAUACCAGAAGAGGAUUUCGAUUCAUUCAACCUUCCAAUCUAUCAUACAUCUCCUACAGAAUUUGAAGCACUGAUAAAAGAAAAUGGAUUGUUUGAUAUCAUCAAGUCUGAGAGGUUACCUAAUCCAUUUACAAAGGAAACAGCAGCAGAUGUUGAAAGAGGUAUUUUAUCCACAAGGGCUGUUUUCCAGGCACUAAUCGAGGAUCACUUCGGGAAAGACAUCAUAGAGGAUUUCUUCAAACUUUACUCGAAAAAGCUAGCUGCAAAUCCAAUGUUGUUUCAUGAGAAAUAUCGCCAAGAAGGCAGUUACUUUGUGUUUCUGAAGCGAAAAAUUGCAGAUUAGAAAACAGAAGUAUAUCAUUGCAUGCAUAGACUGUAAUAAGCAAACCUCGAAACAUUUGACAAUGGUUUGCUCAAAUAAAGAAACAAUGCAAGUAAAACUUAACUCGAGUUUCAAAUAUGAUCGCUAUGGCACUUGCCAAA